AUGGGCUCGACUCACGCUCCCAUCGUCGACAUCCCGCAAGAACUACACGACCAGAUCGUCGAAUCAUGCGACGUGCUUUCGAUCAGUCGCAUGAUGGCGACCAAUCGCGCUUUGCGAGCGCGAUGGAAGCUUGCCUGGGAGCCAUAUCUUGAGGAGGAAAUCGUAGUGCCCAAGGGGUACCGGUCCUUUCCUGCCGACAUAUUCACACCUAUCCAUCGAAACAUCGCACGGUACGACUGCUCUCGGUGGCACAAGCUGCGCCGGGUCAGCGAGUCCUUCCAGCGCCAUCUCGACCUCUUCCCUCCAGUUGGUCACAUGCGCAAACUUGUGGUGGAGCUUCAGGCGGACUGCGAGGCUGGAUGGGGGAUCCUCAAGCGGGUCCGCUGUCCAGAGCUCCAGCUCAACAUCGUGGACGAGCUCUUCGUCAUCGCGACAAAGGGCGAGACGGAGGACAUCCGACUCUACCGCGAAGCAUACGCCGAGAGGCGUCCGUCUAUCGCACUCUGGCCUCGGAAAUUCGCUCCCUGGGGGCCGGGCUCGCCCUUCUCGGCGGUCACCCAUCUCGCCCUCCAGAUAUCGUCGAACGCGGGGGAUCAUCUCGUUGGGAUACUGGCCUUCCCCAUGCCGCAACUCGUCUCGCUCACGGUCGCGCAACACUGGGCGGCCGGCUACCUUCCGGAAUAUCGGGAUCUCGUCGUCGAUCGGGUCGCGCCGUUCCCUUUACUCGUCGGGCUUGAGUACCUGGCGGUCUGCGGGGACGAUUUCUCUGCAGCGCAGAUCCUCGACAUCCUCGGCGGCAGAGUACCACAUCUACGGGGCCUCCUCAUACACCUCUCUGGGCGGGUCCAGGAGGACGACUAUUCGUUUGACGAGGAAUUGCCCAGCCCCGUCGACAAGGUCUUGGGCAUCCUUGACCGCCGGUACCGGAUGCUGGGUGUCGCUGUGUAUGGCAUCGCCGCCGCAUCCAUGCUAUCAUGGCUGGACACCCGUCAAGAGUACGGGUACCCAGUUGGAACCCUCGAACGGACUCCUCACCUUAUCCUAGAUCAGUCUUCGAUUCGGACGCUCCCAGAUAGGGAGAUCGCAAGCGGAUCCUUUUCAUGGGAUCUCGACUCCCUGCCCGAAUUACGCUUCAUCGAGACCCUCACUCUGGUCGACCUCCGCCUGGACAUCCAGGAGCUUCAACGCCGAGGAGCAGAAACCGCGCUGGCAAAGAUCUGUUCAGAGGGAGAACUCAGAGGUCUUUUCGUCGAGUGGCCCAAGCUCCGGACGGUACAAUGGACCAAUUCGUACGCUGUCAAUCCGUUCGGCCGCGAUCCCAAUGCGCGGGAGCGGGACCUCCGGUGCUGCAUCGAUCGGCCGGCCGACGUCGCGCUCGGCUCGUUGGAGCCGUACUUUAGCGACGGCAUCGGCGGAGCAUGA